AUGGCGCCUUCUACGAUUGACACGGAAAGUGCUGUAAGGCUAGACAACACUGAUCAAGAUGAUGCCUUGUUGAUGGAUAAUUCGAUCUCAAGCUGUCAUCGUCGAUGCUUUGAAGACUUUCAACGAGUGCUCAUAUCACUCGAUGCACCUGGCCAUUUAUUUCAGCACUGCAUCUCAUCGACAGAUGUCUCGAACGAGUUUGAUCGAUACAAGCUGUGGUGCAGUAAUGUCGGAGCUGCUCAUGAUGGCUCAAAUUAUCGCUUGUCGUUGGACUACAGACUUCGUGAAGCUCCUUCUCACAAGGAACAGAUCAACGAGAUCCUCAACACAUUAGCGGAGACUCUGGAACGAAAAGGGAUCGCUCAGCCAUUCGAAAGCAAAACUCUUCAUGAUGAUGCGAACCACUUCUUAUUCGAUCCUGAGCUAAGCUCAUCAGAUGGAGAAGACGAUGAUUUGUCGGGACCUGAGGAUAAACCUAUCUCGGGUCAAUCGCAGGAAGACGAUGAUUUCAGGCGUCGAGUUGUUAACAUCAGAGGCACUAUCGCCACGAAGAUAGCUGUCGAGGAUAUUGUAAGUGCUCCUUCCCGGGCUUCGAUACACCCACAAAGCCUGCACGAGCUACAAAGGCCCAUUCCAGAGGUUCCACAGCUGCUCGAAACCAUUCGGUUCACGGUAACCUGUCUCUACAGAAUACCUAUCCGCCGUCCAGCCACACUGGAACGAAGUAAAAAGCUUGCUACCAUAAACAUUGGCUAUUUUGAGCCAUUUGAUAAUGCCUACAUCAACGACAGGUGCCCCGCAGCAAGCACAGCCCUGAAGCAGAAGCUCCAGCGAAUGAUCUCACGUAGGCGACGACUCCUCCUCUACCGCGCUCAACAUUACGAGCAUAUUCAAAUCCACCUUCCUCGACGGACCGUAGAAGCACCCAAAGAGCUUAGACCGCUCGAUCCGUCGCCCAAAAUCAUGCAGUUGGAGAAUAGACCAGUGGCAAGCGAAAAAAGUAGCAGCAAGCCCAGCCAGUUUUUCUAUCGCGACAACAUUUAA